AUUUCUGUCCCCAAAAUGGCGAACAUGGCCGCUUCGUCUGUGGUGGCUGCAGCCGCAGCUGCCGCCGCAAACAGAGACCCAGCGGUGGAUAGAUCGUUAAGAUCCGUGUUUGUUGGAAACAUUCCGUAUGAAGCCACAGAGGAGCAGCUGAAAGACAUAUUUUCUGAAGUCGGACUUGUUGUCAGCUUUAGGUUAGUAUACGACAGGGAGACAGGAAAGCCGAAGGGAUAUGGCUUCUGUGAGUACCAAGACCAGGAGACAGCCCUCAGCGCCAUGCGCAACCUGAACGGGAGGGAGUUCAGUGGUCGGGCUCUCAGAGUUGAUAAUGCUGCUAGUGAGAARAACAAGGAAGAGCUUAAAAGUUUGGGAACAGGAGCCCCCAUUUUUGAGUCUCCUUAUGGAGAUAGUGUUAGUCCAGAGGAGGCUCCAGAGUCCAUCAGCAGAGCUGUGGCCAGUCUGCCUCCUGAGCAGAUGUUUGAGCUCAUGAAGCAGAUGAAGUUGUGUGUGCAGAACAGUCCCCAGGAGGCGAGGAACAUGCUGCUGCAGAACCCUCAGCUGGCCUACGCUCUGCUGCAGGCGCAGGUGGUCAUGAGGAUCGUCGACCCCGAGAUUGCCUUGAAAAUGCUCCACCGUCAAACGGCAGUGCAGCCAUUGGUUCCCAGUGGACAGGGUGGAGCAGCACCACCUCCGGUCAACCCCGCACCUCCCGCUCAGCCCAGCGUCCCCGUGUCGCAGCCUCAGCCUGUGCCUGGGAUGCACGUUAAUGGAGCCCCUCAGAUGAUGCAGCCACCCACCAUGGGUGUUGUCCCCGGGCAAAUGCCAGUACCAGGACCGGGACCAGUACCAGGACCUGGACCUGGACCUGGACCCGGACCUUCCACUAUACCAGUGGGACCUCCAGGAAACCUGCAGCAUUCUCCUACAGGACCGGCCGGUCCRACCGCCAUCGAUCGGCCUCCAGGUCCAGGCGGGAUCCCCCACAGAGGGCUUCUGGGAGACGGUCCCAACGACCCCAGAGGAGGAAGUAUGCUGGGCGUCACCGAUGUCAUCGACCCCAGCCGCCCCUACAUGGCAGCUCCGCCCCCUCACCAAGCCCCACCCGUCCACAUACCAUCCAUGGUAGGUGGACCCCCGCCAGACAUGAGGGGACCCCCAAUGGGUGAGCCACGAACCAUGAUGGUGGAUCCACGAGGACCACCGAUGAUGGAGCCUCGGGGGCCGCCGAUGGAAGCCCGAGGCCGCGAUCCGAGGGCCAUGGAUGCUCGCGGUCCAGUGACGGGUCAGAGGCUCRCCAUGGUGCCAGGAAUGCAAGUUCCUGUUCCUCACAUGGGUCCAAACGCUCCUCCACCCGUCAGACCGGGUCCUGGUCCUGGGAUGUCCGGCGUCCCCCCAUCAGGAGGUGGUUUCAGUCCAGGACAGAGUCAGGUGUCCACACAAGACCAGGAGAAGGCGGCCCUGAUCAUGCAGGUCCUCCAGCUGACCCCAGAACAGAUCGCCAUGCUGCCCCCAGAGCAGCGGCAGAGCAUCCUCAUCCUCAAAGAGCAGAUCCAGAAAACUGCCAGCGGCGCUCCUUGAGUCGGACUGAGGUCACAAGUCCCCCUGAUCCACCUGCCUGAGCAGACCUGAAGGCAUCUAAUCCUAAUCUGGAUUAUUGUUUAUAUACUUUGUAAUAAAACAUUAAAGUUAGUUUGUUUAAGAGGAUUGUGCUCUGAAACAGUCAUAGUCUGAAUCUUUUUUCUUUUUAGUGUCGUAUAAAAUCUGUCAUUAAAACUUUCUUUAAACA